AUCAAAGUUACACCUUCUUUCUUUGCAUGAACAUUUGGGCGGUGUUAUGCAAGUAGGAUGGGUAAGGCAUGGGUAAGGUGGGUAAGGUGUAGGGUUGGUGUAGGGCCAUAGAAUAUACAGUUUGUACAGUAUUAAAACCAUUACACCUAUGGGAUGUCCCCACUUUUCACCAAAACAAACAUUUGUGUGUGUGUGUGUGAGCGACUACAGUGAAUGAGAAGUAGCCUGCUGCUGUGUCUGUAUGUGUGCAGUGAAUGGCCAGAGCUGUGUUGCUGUGCCUGUGUUGUACAGUUCGUACGGUAACUGAGGAACAUCAAGAGCAGUCUGUCCGGCCCCGCUGCCUGACAGCCACAGCGAAAUUCAACGAUUCACCCGAUGGCGUUUGAGAAACAAAGAGCAGUUUCUCUCGUAAGCGGUUUGACUGGCGGCAGCGAUUCCAAGCCGUGCAUUACUGAUCCGAAAAUGAAGUUUAGCUCCAGCUUUCGUCAUUCUCCAGCCACAUCCGAUGCAUUUCUUCUGUCGCUUCCCCAGAUCGGCCGAGCCGAUGCAGCACUUCCCUGUGAUGCGGCAUCAUUUUAUGGAUUCUGACAUGGAUUAUGAGAGGCCAAAUGUCGAGACUAUCAAGUGUGUGGUGGUUGGAGACAACGCUGUUGGAAAGACCCGGCUUAUCUGUGCCCGGGCCUGUAAUGCGACGCUAACACAGUACCAGCUACUUGCCACACAUGUGCCCACUGUCUGGGCAAUAGAUCAGUACAGAGUCUGCCAGGAGGUUCUAGAAAGGUCCAGAGAUGUGGUGGAUGAUGUCAGCGUGUCCUUGCGUCUCUGGGACACUUUUGGUGACCAUCACAAGGAUCGCAGAUUUGCGUAUGGCAGGUCUGAUGUGGUGGUGUUGUGUUUCUCCAUUGCAAACCCGAACUCACUCCACCAUGUGAGGACAAUGUGGUACCCUGAAAUCAAGCAUUUCUGUCCCAGAGCUCCUGUUAUCCUUGUGGGCUGCCAGCUAGACUUGCGGUAUGCUGACCUGGAGGCAGUGAACAGAGCUCGACGCCCACUGGCCAGACCCAUUAAAUCCAAUGAGAUAUUGGCGCCAGAGAAAGGCCACGAGGUGGCUAAAGAUCUAGGUGUCCCUUAUUAUGAGACCAGCAUAGUUGCUCAGUUCGGUGUUAAGGACGUUUUCGACAAUGCUAUCCGUGCAGCCCUCAUUUCUCGUCGUCAUCUGCAGUUCUGGAAGUCGCAUUUACGAAAUGUUCAAAGGCCACUUCUCCAAGCCCCCUUCCUUCCCCCUAAGCCCCCUCCACCCAUUAUCACCGUUCCCGCCCCUCCCAGUAACAUAGAAGAGCACCCUAGCCGCCUGUUGGAGGACCCACUCUGCGCCGACGUCAUCUUAGUCCUCCAGGAACACCAGAGGAUCUUCGCUCACCGCAUCUACCUUGCCACAUCUUCCUCCAAGUUCUACGACCUCUUCUUGACUGAACCUCGGGUUCCUGAGGAGACCGGACAGGAGAGAGAACGACUCCGAGGGCCACCGCUUUCUGGCCGCGAUUUGUUGAUGCGCGCAGCUAGUUUUGACGUUUGUGAAACUAGCGACGAUGGAGAUAGAGCAAACUUGCGUGCCUGUACCAGUGAUGGAACUCUAAAGGGUGAUGGUCGCGGUCGUCUGCUCCCUGCCUUGAGUCGUGCUUUUAUUAGCAUCCAAGAAGAAAUGGUGGAUGACCCCAUCACCAUCAACCUUAGAAAAAUGACUGUUGUGCACAUGGACCCUUCAAUGCAGCCCGGUCCAUUUCGAUCUGUGUUGCGGUACCUGUAUACAGGUAAACUAGAUGAGCGGGAGAAGGAGCUAAUGCAGGUUGCCCACAUUGCAGAGCUGCUGGAAGUGUUUGACCUGCGUAUGAUGGUGGCUAACAUCCUGAACGACGAGGCCUUCAUGAAUCAGGAGAUCACCAAGGCAUUUUACGUGAGACGCACCAAUCGAGUGAAAGAAUGUUUGACCAAAGGGACCUUCUCUGAUGUGGUGUUCAGAUUGGAUGAUGGCACCAUUAUGGCCCAUAAACCACUGCUCAUCUCAAGCUGUGAUUGGAUGGCAGCCAUGUUUGGUGGCCCAUUUGUGGAGAGCUGUACAAAAGAGGUGCCGUUUCCAAACACUACGCGGAGCUGCAUGCGUGCUGUGCUGGAGUAUCUCUAUACUGGCUGCUUCUGCUCUCGCUCAGAUCUGGAUGCCAUGGAACUCAUUGUGCUUGCAAACCGUCUUUGUCUGCCUCACCUGGUAGCGCUGACAGAGCUGUACACUGUGAAGGUACUGACCGAAGCUGCCAUGAUGGGAGCUGAUAUAGAUGGAGAUGUUCUGCUCUAUCUGGACAUGGCCCAGUUCCACUGUGCUCAUCAGCUGACGGACUGGUGCCUCCAUCACAUCUGCACCAACUACAACAGAGUCUGUCGCAAAUUCCCUCGGGACAUGAAGGCCAAAUCUACAGGAAACCUGGAGCACUUUGAGAAACAUCGCUGGCCUCCGGUGUGGUAUCUGAAGGAAGAAGAUCACUAUCAGCGGGCGCGCAAGGAGCGGGAGAAGGAAGAUUACCUGUACCAAAAGCGUCAGUGUAAACGCAAGUGGCUCUUCUGGAAUCUACCCUCUUCUCCUUCCUCCAAUUCUCCGUCUUCUCCUGGUUCCUCUGCAGUCAUCUGAUUGGCUCUCAGGAUGCACGGCCCACCAAACCACCCUAAAUGUGGGAUAUAAACACAACACAAGGAAUGAUAGCCUUUUUCAACUCUAUAAGAUUACCUGUUCACACUUUCUGUUAAGCAAAAUGCUCAAGCCCUGCUUUUAGCUGCUGAAGAACAAGCAAAAAUGAAACCGGAUGGAGAACAUAAUUAAAGGAAACACACGGCUUUGACUUAAAGCACAUUGUUGAGUCUUUCUGCUUUACUGGUUGGAUAUUUCAUCAAAUCACAUCAGCUUUGACGCUCUCCUGUGACAUCACUUCCUGCGGUGGUAGACUGCUGCUCAAUUUCAAGGCAAUCUUCACUCAGCAUCGGUUCCCCAAACAUAACAAUAUCUUCAUCUGUAUAGAAAAAUCCAUGGCAGGACUGCACAUAUUCCUAACUAGAAAUGUUAAUAAGUGCUAUUCAGCUCUAGAGGAUGAGAACACAGGGACGUUUUAGAGCAACCAGCAAACAUGAAUUCCUCAUUGUUUUGGUAAUCUACAAUCAAACCAUUUUAACAGACCGACAUUCUCAACACUCAAAUGGUGUCCAGCGUUCAGCAUCCAAAGGUAUUAUUAAUGUGGCAUUUAAAGGGCCGCGUGUGGACGUGACUCCACAGAACUGGAUCAGUCCGUAGCCAUGUUGCAGGUUCAGUGUGAGUUAAGCUCCAUUGAUAACAUCGGACAUAAUGCUGAUUAACACAGUAAAUGAUAAUUGUUGGUACUUUCAGGUAUUUACAAUGGAAAUAGACAGAGCCAGGAAAUAAACAUUAAAAAUGCACACUGUAUGAAAAAAGUACAUGACUUAAAGUUGCAGUGAAGUAGCAACAGAUAUUUUCUUCUGUAUUGAGACACAUAUCUGAGUGAAAUGGAUUAUAAAAGUAGAGCAGGGACUUGGUUCUGGGCAUUGGCUAUUAAUUGGAUGGAGGCAAAUAUUCAUGAUGAUGUUGCAGCAGUAAAUCUUACAAUAUGAGAUACAAGAUAGAUAGAUAGAUAGAUAGAUAGAUAGAUAGAUAGAUAGAUAGAUAGAUAGAUAGAUAGAUAGAUAGAUAGAUAGAUAGAUAGACAGAAUUUUUACAUACACUACAAUUCCAAACCAGAAGCUCAUCCAUCUAGAAAAGUUAAAUCAUCACAAGAAUAAUUAUCUAUGAAUUGCUCAUACAAGUUCUUCAAUAAUGAACUUUAGAUUUCUUCACAUUUGCACCACCCGCCCCAAAGAAAUUUAUUUUUUGAAUCAGCAAGGAUGCAUUCAAUUGAUCAAAAUUGACAGUAAAGUACAUUUAUAAUGUUCCUAAAGAUUUCUGUUUUAAAUAAACGCUGUUCAUUUGAACUUCCAUAAAAUAAAUGUAAAAAACAGUUUCCAAAAAAUAAUAAGCUGUACAAAAGUUAUUAACGCUUAUAUAGUUAUAAACUAAAAUGUUUCUCGAGCAGCAAGUCAGCAUAUAAGAAAAAUUUCUGAAGGAUCAUGUGACGUUGAAGACUGGAGUCAUGAUGCUGAAAAUACAACUUUGAAUCACAGGAAUAAAUUACAUUUUUACAA